GUCUGACGGAAAACUGCUGAAACCCGAUCGUCCUGCAUCAGCAGUGAAUGCGCAAAUGUUGCGAGCAGCUUUCGGGGACCCAAAUUUGGGCCCAAAUGGAGAAGUCUGGUCAACUUCUACGACUUAUAAAGAAUCAGAUUUGGUUUUCGGUGCCAUUUUGGUCGCAGAUUUAUUUCGCGAUUUGGUUUUCGGUGCCAUUUUGGUCGCAGAUUUAAGGGAAGCAUUCGUCCUUCCGUUCGGACAACAAGGAGCAGAUGUUCUCGGUGUAUUGCAGCGCGAUUAUUUUGCUUUCAGAGUAACUGAAUCCCUAGAAAGGACUGAUUUUCAGAUUCUGGCUGAAAGUGAUGGCAUCGCUUUAGAGCAAACUUCCAGCGCAAAUUUCUCGUACGUAUGG